ACGGUAGGACAGUUUCUUGACAUUGCUGGAAAAGAGGGAGGGAGGACUGUAGUGUUAUACAACGUGUGUUCAGUUAGCAGGGAAAGGAACCUUGUUAAUUCCUGCUGUAAAGUUGCAGUAAUAUAUUAUUGUGACUUCGGGCUGAAUCAUGUAUCGGCGCCCUUUGCAGCAUGGCUUCAGACAAUUAUUAAGCUCGUCUCUUUGCAGCAGGACCAUCUUCGGGAAGGCCACUGAGCAGGAUCUUGCCAAAGCUUUGGUGUCUUGUCGUUGCACAGGAGCAGUAUUGCAGACUCAGACACAAUGUCGAGCUCUUCACAGCACACAACAGCUCUGUGCUGUAAAACAUACACCUCAGGCUUCAGAGGAAGAAGUUGGAGCUUUCACCAAACUUAUUGAGGCCAUGGGCUUCACCGGGCCACUCAAGUACAACAAAUGGAAAAUCAAAAUAGCUGCUUUGCGUAUGUAUACUUGCUGCGUUGAGAGAAUCAACUACGAUGAGUUUUUUGAAAAGUGCUCCCUCCCUGACACACUCAACUCCUGGUUUUUGGUGGCACAACUCCAUGUUUGGAUGUGUUUGGUGCGGAUGAGGCAGGAAGGCAGAGAAGGGAAGUACAUGUGUCGCUACAUCGUCCAUUCUAUGUGGGAGGAUGUAGAACAGAGAAGCAAGAUCAUGGGGAUUGAUGCUAUUCAGAGGAAGGAAAGUAUGAGAGUUAUGACAGAAACAUUUUAUGCUGCUAUUUUUGGAUACGAUGAGGGAAUCCUGUCAGAUGACUGUGUUCUUGCAGCAGCGCUUUGGAGGAAUCUGUUCAACAGGCAGUGUGAGGACCCGAGACAGCUCGAGCUCAUGGUUGAAUAUGUCCGCAAGCAGAUGCAGUUUAUUGAUGCUCUGGAUGGGGAUGAUCUUCUCCUAACAGGAGAGGUGAAAUGGCGCCCUCUGGUGGAAGAGAAUGCACAGAGCAUCCUGAAGAUUCCCAAUCCAACAUAUAAUGAUGCAGGCCUUUAAAGAACAGUACUCUGUCAGACUACAGUACCCACAACACCAUGGUUUGGGUAUUUGAUUUGAAGACAUGACCAGCCAGUCUGGAACUGCUGCCAGUAUGCUUGAUCUCUGUCUGUCUGUCUGUCUGUCUGUCCCAGUUUGUCUGUUUCCCUCUCUCAUUAAACCAAGCAUACUGUGAUAGGACUGCAUGGACCUUUUAACCUCACACAUAUAGGGAGUAUGGAGGAUUCAGCAGUUUUCUGUAUUUACAAGUUUGAAGAACUGCCAUUAUGUUUAUGCUUUUGGCCAUGACUGUAGCUCUUUCGCAAUUCUCACUGUUAGAGGAAUGUGUAUGUGCUUACUUGUUUCCUAGGAUCAUUAAGCCGAGUGGAAUAGGGAGCUUUUUGUUUUAAUUAUUAUUAUAAAAUAAAGAUGUUUCUUUGGUAUUACACAGAA